AUGGGCGUGCCUAACGACAACUCUCCAACAAGCGACCCAGGCACCAAACCCUCGGAUCCUUCAAAUAACCCCUCCUUCCCCUCCUCUCCGCCAAACGCCAUACCCCCACGCAGAUCUUCAACGAGCCACUCGUCCUCUUCCUCAACAACUGCCGCCGCCGCGACGGUUCCCACCUCUCUAUCUGCCCAAGCCACGGCGUCUGUGCCGACGACAUCGUCCAAGGCACCCCUCCGCACCGUCCCCGAAACCGACUGGCUCAACCGCGCCGCCUCCGUCAGCUCCCGCACCCACAAGCACUCCCAUUCUUCCUCCUUCCACCGCCGCCGUCCCUCCGGCGCACUCACGACAACCUCCUUCACCGUCACGAUGCAGCCUCCUCCGCCCCCCGACCCCUCGCGCUAUGCGACCGCCGACCUCAACUUCACUCGCAAGGCCUGGCCCGAGGAGAAGGACAAGGUCAUCACCGGCCCCUUCGACUACCUCUUCGCCCAUCCGGGCAAGGACUUCCGCGCCCAGCUUAUUCAGGCCUUCAACAUCUUCCUCGAUGUCCCCCAGUCCAGCCUCGACGUCAUCACAAACGUCGUCGGCAUGCUCCACACGGCCUCCCUUCUCAUCGACGACGUCGAGGACUCGUCCUCCCUGCGCCGCGGCCUGCCCGUCGCCCACAACAUCUUUGGUGUGGCCCAGACCAUCAACUCGGCCAACUACAUUUACUUUUGCGCUCUGCAGGAGGUCCAGAAGCUUAAGAACUCCAAGGCAAUCUCCAUCUUUGCGGAAGAGCUCGUCCACCUGCACCGCGGCCAGGGCAUGGAUCUCUUCUGGCGCGACACCCUCACCUGUCCCACCGAGGAGGACUACCUCGAGAUGGUCGGCAACAAGACGGGCGGCCUCUUCCGCCUCGGCAUCAAGCUCAUGCAGGCCGAGUCUCGCAGCCUCACGGAUUGCGUCGACCUCGUCAACAUCAUGGGCCUCAUCUUCCAGAUCCGCGAUGACUACAUGAACCUCUCCAGCCAGGAGUACUCGGACAAUAAGGGCAUGUGCGAGGACCUGACGGAGGGAAAGUUCAGCUUCCCCAUCAUCCAUAGCAUCCGCUCCGACCCCUCCGACCUGAAGCUCAUCAACAUCCUCGGCCAGAAGACGAACGACGUCGAGGUCAAGCGCUACGCCGUGUCGCGCAUGGAGAGCACCGGUAGCUUCGACUACACGAAGCAGGUUGUCGGCGUGCUCAUCGCCCGCGGCCGGAAGCUGGCCGACGACAUUGACGAGGGACGGGGCCUGAACAAGGGCAUCCACAUGAUUCUGGACAAGAUGAUCAUCUGA